CUGCGAUUGGCUGAUGCCGCUGUCUCUCCGGCGCUGCCCUUGGCCAUUGGACGAGGCUGGGGCCCCCCCUACCCCUCCCGGUCUGUCGGUUGAGGCGAGCCGAGAGUAAAUAGAAGCAGGAGCGCAAAAUGGCGGAGCCGCCUAACCCUGUUCGUGGCGCGGCGUCGCCUGAGCAGGAGCCUUUCGGCGCCAGGCCAGCUCCGGACGCGAAGGUUUCCCGUGGGUCCCAGCCAGCCGCCAAGAAGAUGAAGGGAGCCGAUGAGAGGAGCUUGAAGGGCACGAAGCGCGUCAACGGUGAAGGGGGCGGUGGUGGCGGCAACGGCGGGAGCGGCAAGCAGUCCCUGCCGCUGCCAGCGGUCGUACCGAGCUACAGCAACCCCGCGGCGUGGGGCUUCUCCACUCUCCCUUCCGGCCCCUCCGGGAGCACUGGGGGCUUCGCUUUUCCUUCUCAACUGCCACGGAAGCUGCUGUCGCCCGCGGUUUUGCUGCCGUCGUCCGCCUCCCCAUCCCCUUCCUACCAACAGCACCAGCACCGCCACCACCGGCACCGCCUGGCCCUGUCUGUCGAGGCGGGAGGCUGCGGUAGCGGCGGGGCCGCCGGCGCUGGUGGCGGGAGCGCCAAGCCGAAGAGGCCCAAGGAAAAGCGGGACAAGGAGAGGAAGAAGCAUGGGACUCUCCCCGUGGUCGCAGUGGUGGGAGAUGGCGGCGGGGGCUUGAGUGCGGCCGGCCGAGAGGAGAACGGAGAGGUGAAGCUGCUGCUGCCGAAAGCUCAAAUCAAAGACAAAAUUAAAGAAAAGGAAAAGAAGCAAAAAGAGAAGAAGAAGCACAAAAUAAUGAAUGAAAUCAAGAAAGAAAAUGGAGAGGUCAAAUUAUUGCAGAAAGGUGGGAAGGAGAAACCAAAAAACAAUGCAGAAGAGCUACAGAUUAAAAAAGUUAAGAAGAAAAAGAAAAAGAAACAUAAAGAGAACGAGAAGAGGAAGCGUCCAAAAAUGUACAGCAAAUCCAUUCAGACCAUCUGCUCAGGAUUGGUUUCUGAUAUUGAGGAUCAGGAAGCCAAAGGCAUCAUAGAUGAUCAUCUUAAGGAUUUCUGUGGGAAAAAUAUGGAUCCCAAGAAGGACUGUGAGUCCAAGAUACCAGAGAACAGUGAGUUUCCAUUUGUCUCGUUAAAGGAGCCACGGGUUCAAAAUAAACUCAAAAGGUUGGACACAUUGGAGUUCAAACAGCUGAUUCAUAUUGAGCACCAGCCUAACGGAGGUGCAUCAGUUAUCCAUGCCUACAGUAAUGAACUCUCCCACUUAUCUCCUGUGGAGAUGGAGAGAUUUGCAGAAGAGUUUGUGGGUCUGGUUUUUAGUGAAAAUGAAAACUGUGCAGCUUACUAUGUAAUGGGUAUUGUUCAUGGGGCAGCUACUUAUUUACCUGACUUUUUAGACUACUUUUCAUUUAAUUUUCCCAAUUCACCAGUGAAAAUGGAGAUUUUGGGAAAGAAAGAUAUAGAGACAACGACUAUGUCAAAUUUUCAUGCUCAGGUAAAAAGAACAUACUCUCAUGGUACGUAUAGAGCUGGCCCAAUGAGACAGAUCAGCCUGGUUGGAGCAGUUGAUGAGGAAGUGGGGGAUUAUUUCCCUGAAUUUCUUGAUAUGUUGGAAGAAUCACCCUUCUUAAAAUGUACACUGCCAUGGGGAACCCUUUCUAGUUUAAAAUUAGAGAGUCGUAAAGACAGUGAUGAUGGUCCCAUAAUGUGGGUACGUCCAGGAGAACAGAUGAUCCCUGUGGCUGACAUGCCAAAGUCACCUUUCAAAAGGAAGAGAACUACCAAUGAAAUAAAAAACCUGCAGUACCUACCUCGAACCAGUGAACCCCGUGAAAUGCUAUUUGAGGACCGGACACGAGCCCACGCAGACCACAUAGGACAAGGAUUUGAACGACAGACUACAGCUGCUGUGGGAGUACUGAAGGCUGUGCACUGUGGAGAGUGGUCUGAGCAGCCUCGUAUAACCAAAGAUGUAAUUUGUUUUCAUGCUGAAGACUUCUUAGAGGUAGUUCAGCGAAUGCAAUUAGAUUUGCAUGAGCCUCCACUCUCUCAGUGUGUCCAGUGGGUUGAUGAUGCAAAACUUAAUCAGCUGCGAAGGGAAGGCAUUCGGUAUGCCAGAAUUCAGUUAUUUGAUAAUGACAUUUAUUUUAUCCCAAGGAAUGUUGUGCACCAGUUCAAAACAGUUUCAGCUGUGUGUAGUUUGGCUUGGCACAUCCGGCUCAAGAUAUAUCAUUUGGAGGAUGAACUUUCUCAAAACACAAGUACUGUGGAAGCAGAGACUUCUGCAGACCCCAAGUCUUCGGUUAUUGGAGUUCAGACUGACAGCAGAAUUUGUACCAUAAGCAAGAAUACCUCCGAAGACACCAAAUUUCCAGAUGCUCUGCAGACAAAAUAUCUGCAGCAGGAACUUACGCCGAUAAAACAUGAACCUGUUGCAACUCACCGAAUAAAAGAAGAACCCAUGAAUUUUGAUCUUGCUGUAAAAACAGUGGCACCUAAUGAUGUUGGGGGCCAGAAUGUUCAGACUAAAUUGGAUCCUGUUGAAUUGAUGGGAUUCAAGUUGGAAAGUGAUUCUAAAUUUGAACCUGACAACAAGGACUUACAAGGCAAGUUAGGCCCUGGAGGUCACAUACAUCCAGAUGAUACAAGACAACAUAGUACAUCAUAUCCAAAACUGCAUGGACAAAGAGAAGAUGAUUUUUUGUGCUAAAUUUGUAUAUAUGGUUUUAAAUUCCUUUUUAAACUUAAUGAUGUAAUAAUGUAAAGAUUCAAAUUCUGUGAGGCAAGUUUGUGACUUGCCUUCACAUCUGUUACAGAAAAUAGUUAUGUAGCUUUGUAACAUUCCUCAGUGCCUGUCCAUAACUGUGAAGUAUCAAAGCACUUAGGGCCAGAUGCACUGUAAACACUGCAGGUUUAACAUAAAGAAGUCUUUAAAUAAUUUUGAGUUGUAGGUUUUAGAGUAGAGCUGACAUUUAACAUAUAUAUUUUUUGUAAGAUGAGCCAGAAUUCUUUUUGACAAUUCCAGGCUUUUCCAUAGAGCUUAUUUAUACCAAUUUUUUCAUUUUAAUUGUGUCAGCACUGUAGUGUAAAUAUCUUUUUUUAAAAAAACCUUUUUAGUGUGAUUUAUACUGAAAUGUGAGCCGAUUAAUAAAGGUUCAUAAUAACAGAUUGGUUUUAUUUUUGGGUCUGCAAAAAAUAAUUCAGUUAACCUGCCUCUCUGAAUGGUUUUGUUUCUACCUGCACUAAUUCAAAGGAUGCCCUUACACCAUUGUGGGUGAGGAGCUGUAGCAAGCUGAGGUAGAGCUGAGGCAUUCUUUGUAAAUGGAUAUUAGUCAGAAUGCAAGAUCAGUCCUCCCUCCACAGGAUUCCUUACAGUCCCUCACUAAAGGCACUCCUCAAACCUUUGCAUCAGAUAUUAAUGUGGAACAGAGGCAAAUCUUCCCCUCUUGUGGGGGCAGCUGGACACCCAGUGGCUUCCAGGAGUGCUACCAGCAGCAGUGUGCAUCUUGCCAGAUGAGCUGGUGCAAGGGAGCAAACUCCCUUCUACACUUGCCUCUUCCCCUGCUCAAGCCAGUUAAGACACUUCCAUUCACAUUAAAAACAACCACCAACCCUCUCAAUUUAGGUGUUAUCUGACUAAAAAGAAAGAAUAUUUAAAUGGUUAUUUAUCAAACUCUAAAGGCCUCAACUUUAACAGCAGCCUGUAAGUCAUGGAGACACAUUUGGGUUUUAAUUGCUUCCAAUGCUGAUAGCACCAGGCAAUAAGGAUACUCAACCAAUGUGUCUAGUAGGAAGAACCCUUGUGAGUUCCAGAUUGAAGCAAGAGUAUUAGGAAAAUAAGUGGCAUCCAAGGUAACUGUUCUCCUCUCUCCCUGCCUAUGGAGCUCUUGAAUUCUCUUAAGCUGUGUUCUGAUGGGAGAGGAUUUCAAGGCUAGGUAGGAUCUGAUGUGGUAAUGGCAAAAACUCUGUCAUUUAACUUAUUUAAUUCUUUGUGUAACAUAUUGCUGUAUAGUUCAAACACAUCUGAAUGAUGUUUCUUUUUCAGGUAGCUACAAAUAGCAGUAAACUACCCUAUAGCCUCUCCUUCAACAGAAUAUUUAAAACUUUAAAUCCUAGGUCUGUUAUUACUUCCAAAGCUCUCUAUCUCUUAUAUUUUUUCCCCUAUAAAUUUCUGAAAGCUGUACAUCUUUAUGGGCCCAGUUUAUAACUUUUGAUGCACUUAGUAAUCACCCUGGCUUCAUUUGUAGCACUAGAACAAUGUGAUUUCUAGAUGAUGUCUAAUUCAACUAUGUGAGGCCCUCUUUUUUUCUUUUUUCCCCAAACAUUUUUUGCUUAAAGGUUGUUAAAAUUCAAAAUGUUACUGUGUAGUUAUGCCUGGCACUAAAAUCAGCCAUUUAAUGGCUGAGUGCCCCAAUUUGUUUAAAUUUAAAAUAGGUCUGUCAAGGAAUUAUUAAUCAGUAUUUGAAUUGCAUAACUUCUCCAUAGCCAUAAUAACAUAUUAGAGAAGCAAUAGAAAUGUGAAUCUCUUGGAUUUGGCCAAUAUGUCCUUAACUCUUACUGCUAUUUUCUUUAGUGCUGGCUAAGAGAUUACUACCAGUUUUGCAGCCUCAGGGAUCUUGCUUUCCCCUCAUGCCAUAAACAAGUGAUUCGUAUGUGACACAGCAAGUUGCUACUCUAGCUGAUUCUGAUUUGAAAAAUUAAUUGGUUCAUGUAAGAAUCUGAGCCUUCCUGAUGGCUGAAAUGUGGUCUCAGCUCCCUUUGUUUCCUGGAUUAUCUGGAAACUUCCACCUAUAAUCUCUCUGGCUUUAUGACCAUCUGUACACAAUUACAGAGCCUUCCAUUCCUGUUCUCUGUACCAGCUGUUGGAGAACAGUAAAAAAAGAGCUGCAGGUUGUAGUCUGCACCAAGCAUGCAGCUUUCCAAGUGGGUUAACAGGAGGCUCAAUUUUAUCAAAACUUAUCAAAACCAGCCUUUCCAGACAACUGCUUUUUCAUAAAAAAACACAAAACAAUCAAAACCCCACAAAACCAAACCAAAUACAACAGCCCAAAACUACAUAAUUACUUUUAAAAUAAAACCUUAUUUGUAUGCUGGUGAUCCAGAUACUGGUCAUUCUGGUUCAAGCAUUUUUUUUUUUUGCAUCUGUUAGUUUAUAGUUGAGUGUACACACCCCUUGACAGCUAAGAGCUUUCUGCAUCAUAGGCCCUGUUCAGAGUGAAACAAUAAAUGUUUGAGAAUAGUUUAGCAAACAUGACUUUACACUUAAGAGUAGAACUUUGUUUCCUUUUGAAGACCUGCUCAGUGGUCUUGGCUGAUACAGCCUCAAACCUUCUGCUCAGGUAUGUCUUGGUUUUGAAAUUUUGCUUUUAAACUGCCUACACCUUCACCCCAUUUUUUACUUUUCUUUAUCACUUAGAGAAUUUUAAGAGAUUUUUAAAAAGUGGCAGGUUUUGUAUUUUUAAUGCAUCCUUUAUUUUUGCUUUUUUGCGAUAGGUUCUCAUUUUCAGACAGAAUUCAUUGCAGGCAGAAUACAAACAAUACCAGGAUUACCAGUGGCUGUCAGAAGUCCCUUUGUAUUCAAAGGUGUAGACAGUCUGGGCUGACUGGCUGUAUGAGUAUAUACUUCUUCCUUUGCAUUAAAAAAAGUACAAAAACAAAACAACAACAAAACAAACAAAAAAAGUUUGUCUUUUGCCUGUGGUGUAUUCAUUUUGAUGUGGUUGCUCAUUGAGAGUACCUCUCCUGAGAAUUUCAGCUCCUAAAUUGUUCAUUUGUCUGACAAAAGUCUUGCUUUGCUUUUGAGUGGUCCUGUGCAUUCUGUAUUCCUGCUGCAUACAACUUCAUAUUCAGACUUUUGCUUCAGCAAUAAAUCUUUCAUGCCUUCUGAUGUACUGAAACUAGUCUUUGCUUAUUGCUUUUUCCCCCCUCCCUGCAUUUCACUUUUAUAUAAAAUCUUGUUAUUUGGGCCGAGAUCUCCAGUGUUCUUGUUGUCUCUCUUGGCCCUUGUUCUUCUGCAGAUUGGAAGAAUCUGCUUAGGGCCUAUUGUCUGUACUGCAGUGGUAUUGCCAGCUGUGCAUUUGCAGUGGUGUUCCAGUUAAUGACAUGAUGUGCAGAAAUUUAGACAUGUUUUCCUAGAUAUUGGUACCAUAUUUGUGGGUAGCAAAGAAUUGCAUUGUUACUGUCACUACCACUAGCUUUCUAGUUGGUAGCUACUUUUGUUUUUUGAAAUUUACUGGAUCUUUUGCAUUUCACUGGCAACUGACUUCACGUGUUACAUAGGAGUGUUACUCAGUGUUGUGUCAUCCCCCCAGCCCUCCAAAUGCCUGCGACUUGACUCUGAAACAGCAUUUUUAUUACAGGUACUGCUGGCAUGCAGAUUUCCCCUUCCUUGUUAUGAUAGUGAAUAUUUCAAUAUUACUUUAUCUGAAAUAUUAAUUCUAUUUAGUAUUAGAAAUAAAGUAUUAUUUCAGAGGGUGAUGAUUUAAGUAUUUAUCUGUGAAAGAAUUCCUUGGUGAUUAAUAAAAUUGAUUUUUUAAGCAGAUACACAUGUGCACAGUAAAUAACUUGGCAUUGCAAAUUAUGUAGGAAAUGGCAACAAACUACUAGAGUGCUGUGAAACAGAUCUGAACACUUUGGAUGUGGAGAAUUGAAUAAGUCUUCCAAGAAACACAGGACUGGUAUUCAUUGACCAAAAUUACUGUUUUCUAAUACCUGCAUGUGAAUAAUGAUGCUGAAUUGAUUGAAAUCCAUGUUUUUUCUGUGCUCUUGGGGAAAAUAAACUGUUGUGAGAUAGUAGACUGCCACCUGACCCUUUUAGGAUGAAAACUGUAUUCUGACCAUGAGAUGAAGAACUUUGCAGGCUUCUCAAGUGUAAUUUAAUUAUUGUAGUGGUCAGAUAUGUAGAGAACCUUGUCUGUAGGCAGAUCAGGGCCUGUUACCUUUCUGUGAAUGUAUACGAGUGGGAAAUGGAAAGGAGAGAGAUUCUCACUGCUCUGUGCAUUGCUGUGAAGGACACUGCUGAGAAUGUUUUCUUUGCUUGUGAGUCACUGUGUUCAACUGAUGUUUUAGUACUUUCUCAAAUGGAUGAAAUGCACUUUACAAUCUGUAUAAUAGGUAAUACUGGUAUUUUGUGCAGAUCCCACUGAAUUUGCAGCAUACAUGGGAAAAUUUGGGAAACUUUGAUUCCCAUCAGUCACUCAUUUAAUUUUUCUUAGAAAUGGAAAUUAUUUUAUGUUCUGUUUGGAAGGAGUGAUUAGCUUCACAAUAUCUAGGUUGUUACUGCUAUUAGAAUUAUCAGGGAUACUGACUUAGCAAAUUUAAUGUAUUAUAUUCUAACCACUGUUUUUCUGUGCUAUGAUGCUUAUGUUUCCUCUGCUUUGGAGCUGUGCUGUACUUGAGUGCCAGCCAAACACUGAUCUUCUUGUGUUCUGGUCAUGCUGAUAGAUGAGCCUACUGAUGAGGGCAUUAGUCCUAAUUAGUCAUUUAAUAUUUGGUGUACACUUAUGAUAAUCUGAUACAAACAUUGAUUAAAACAGCAGUUUAAACCUUA